AUGGAACAUCGACUUGACGCGAUUAUCGAAGACGUGAUCGUAGAACCAUCCAAGGUUCAGCCGAUAAUUGUGAACUUUCAAAACGGAGAGCUCAAAGAUGAGGCUGCGAAGAAGAUGUCAUGCGGUUUGUAUUUCGAUCAGAAGAAAAACAAAACGAUGCUCGCUCUCUCGAAUGGACAGAUCGUUUACAGAGGUUACAAACCGGACACGAGCGAAGACCUGAUGCGCACUAUGUUAGUGCUUCACAAUAGAAGAACAGGGAAAGUGAGACUCGUUCAGGUCGAACGGUGGCAGGUCGCUCCGGUGUUAGACAAACCGGCAGUGGACGACAAUAAAGCUGCCGAUGACGACAAGAUCGCUAUGUUGAAUAAACAGUUUGGCUCGAAGAGAGUAAAGAGAAGGACGGAACAGUAUGAAAGAUUAAAAUUUAACGUCGACAGUGUUAAGGAACAGCUGGAGCAAACAGUAUCUAACGUCGAGAUUGACAGAAUGGAGUUAUCGAUACAGAUACCGGACAACGAAUUCAUUACGAAUUCAGCGUUACCAGAUUGCAAUAGGGAAGCGGCCAAUGUAAACGACGUAUACAAUGUGCACGAUAUUGUUCCAGAGAACAAGCUAAAGACCUUGUACGAUACAGUUACAGAAAUGUUAGACAACGAUUCGACCAGUUUAGAAGGGAAAUCGAAAUUCUUCCGUACGACGUUCAAAUACUUGAAGUCGGACCCAGACAAAGUUAGAAAGACCGCGCUGUUGCUUUACGUCCAAGCAAUCGCUACAUGGUUGAACAUGCCGAUUAAAGAUGCUAAGAAAAAGCAUAUCGACGUCUGUACAGCGUCGAACGAAGUGAACGCGCACAUAAUAGAUACGUACAGCGUCCAGAGUAAUCACGGACGGCUCCGACCAAACAGUGUGAAGGACAAGGGAGUGAUCCAUUGUAUAAUUCUAGCUCUGAUCAUUUGUAAUUUCACCCUGAACUUGGAAUCGUUCGCGACGAUAUUCACGCAUCGGACGGGGUUGAAGAAGCUCACGGAUCUCGCCAGAAUCAUUGGUGCUCUACCGAACAAAGAUGACAAGAAGAUCGUAACGUUGAAAGUUCCAUUACCGGCACCAGCGUCUGUCGUAAAGAAAGGAAGGAAGAAAUAG